CCCACGAAGCCGGAAACCACAACCCAAUAACCAGGAACCCAACACGACACAACGGAAGACGAGAAUCCAGGGGCUUGGCUGGAUGAGCCGAUCAGAUUUACUGGCAUUCCUUGGUAUCCACCGUCUCUUCUAGCUGAGAUUGCAAUGUCUUGACGAGAAAUGAACGGGCCAUGAUCACACUGAAGAGAACCUCUUUUUUCCCCUUCUGCCUCAAACUUGAAGGCCUCUUCUUCGUCUCCUGAGCCGCGGGAGCUAGCUUUCGAGAUGCAGACCGUCCCUAGUCUUAUUGGGGCUGGUACUGCUGUCGCUGCGGCGGCAACGGGGCUGGUCUUUGGCCAGCGUGCCGAGAGUGAGCAACAGUACGCUCCCCACCACAGCUCAGGUUCGAUCAGGCGAAAACUCGUAACCGACCACGAUUUCUCGAGAACUAUCUCUUUCUCCCGACCUGGUACGAGUUCUGCAGCAUCAACAGCGUCACCUGCACCCCAAAACCAGCCCGUGCUACCCCUGCGUCAGUCUGCGGUACCCAACAGUGCCACGUCCCAAGCACGAAUUGUUCGACGAACAUCGCAUGCUCAGAUAAUAGUCACGAGGUCCCCAGGUUCCCGUCAUUCGGUGGUCAAACCUGGCGAGCGUUCACCCGCUCCGCCAAUUGCGGAAGACUCUUGCGACUCAGUAUCCUCCAAUGGGUCGUGGAUGCGAAGAUUGACCAUCCGCCCACUGUCCCAACACGGAAGCAUACGGUCAAGUAUUGGACCAGAUUCACCAUCGCUCUUCUCUUUCGGCUCGACCGCCCCGAUAUUAUCUUCAUCGAGAGAUAUACCAACUCAGCUUCCGCCAAACAAACUAGUGAAGCGCGCGCCAGGGACGCCUUCGUUGGACGCGGGUUACCCUAAGAGGAGAGGAUCGAGAGCUCAGAUGACAUUACGGCGGCCAGCCACAAGUCACCAGCGGUCAGCAACAUUGCAGCAUCAGCUAAAUGCUGAAGAACUACCACCGUUACCUAAGUUUUCCUUUGACCGAAGCAACCGACCCCGAGCCAAGACGGUGGGCACGCACCAGGAGAAGCUCCCUCACAGCUCUGCUGGGAACGAGCGUUCUAAGUGGAGAUCGUUCUGGCACUCCAAACUUUCCAACAUCACGAAAAAGACGAGUCCAUUACGAGGAACUGACGAUACUGGCCAGUCUCCGGGGAGACGAAUUCGCGCUGAUCAACUGCAUACUGAACAAGUCUAUCUUGUUAGCCCUAAUAAUAUUAUAAUGAGUGAUUCCAGGGAGGUGGCAGACGGGGUUUCCCAUAAAUCUGUCUCCCCACCCCAUACUAAUAAUAAAGAUAGUCCUAAGGCAUCGGAGAAGGAACUAGAUUUAACCGAGGUAACGCCUUCGAAACCGCCUAAGCGGUCGAUUUCGAUGCAGUUUAGCUCCCCUACGAACUGGAUAUCAAGAACGGGGAGUCUCAGACGCCGUAAGAGGGGAAGCGAGACAACAGGAGGCAAACGUCAUGUUUCUGCUCCCAUUACAGAUGGAGAAGCUCAGACCCAGGACGACAAGAGCAUAAUUCCCGAGAAGAUAGAGGUCAGCCAAGCUGAGGCUGAUUUCGCCGCUAUUUUCCGUCCUCCCGAAGCAUCUCCUCAAAUGAAAUUGGGCGUCCCUUCUCCGCUCCCGCCUCUAUCACGACUCUCGAGUUUUCAUCUAGAGACAAACGGCCACAGCUCUUUAUCUUCAGGGUUGCCAGAUAAAACUGACGAAUCUAUCGUUAGCCCUUCGGUGUCAUCGAGGGUUCACUCCCACACAUCACACACACGGACGCUGGAUCGUGCUUCAACGGUUGGUAGCUCCGAGUAUCAUCGUGGCUUUACUUCUGGUGAUGAUGAUGACACCGACUUUAAAACGGAUACACCGUUUGACUCCUUUAGGACGGUGGCCUCCGGUCGUAAAAAGGGUCCUGACAGUCCAUUAGAAUCGAUGUUUGACGAUUCUCCGCCGAGUACGGCGGGUAACAGUAUCAAGCCGAAACGUCUCUCUGUUCAAGAAAUUAUGGGGCCGGCUUUUGAUGAUGGGAACAAGAUCAUAGAAGAAGAUGAAAAUGCUUCGACACCUAUACCAGGAACCUACGAGGAGUUCGAAGCACGCUUUCAUGCCGCAAAUAUUCCAGAUGAUGAAAAGUUCACAGAUAAUCCCAUCAUUUCAAGUUUCCCCAUUGACAAACACUACAUUCGUUUAUCCCUUGAUGAUGAUGACGAUCUAGGGUGGGCAAGGGCAGAAGAAACAGAGUUCUAUAAUCACCUCUCGCCGCCAAGUUCGAUGAACUCUCGACGAGGAAGUCCCAAAGUUCGAAGGACGCUGGGAAGGAUCAAUGGCAACUCUAGACGUGGCGAGCACUUUGAUUCUGCUCGUGAGCGACCUCGAAGUACUGUUUUCGAUUGGACGGAAACCAGUGUACAUGAUAAGCGCGAAAAGAACGGUUACAUCCACCGACCCAAGACUGUACACGGAAAACAAGAGCUUGAUCUGAGAGGCGGACGAUCAGCCAGCCGUAAGGGCUUUGUAGCCACUCAUGUACGAAGUCAAAGUGUCCCUGUUGUUCCGGAUCCGACGGAACCAGCGAAGUCGGUUCCUAAAUUCGGUACCUGGGGCUUAGGACAGAAGAACGUCAGUGAAGAUUGGGACGAUGAUUUUGAAUUUGAGGAAGAUGUGGUGCCAAUGACUGGUCCUUCAGGGAAGAAGGAGAAUCACUUGUCUAUGUUCGUUCCAGCUUCGAUUCAGGCCACGCAACCGACGGUCAAAGCUCAUUCUGGUCAAAUCAGGGAGCUAUCUCUUUUAGUCAAUGACUUGAAACGAUUAUGUCGCUUAGGACGUGAGAUGAAUCUCUCUGUUGGCUCAUCUGCCAAGUUAUGGCAUGAGGCGGAAGGUAUCAUAGCUUUAGCUUCCCCUGACGAGGAUACAGAGGAAGUAGCACAUACUGGGACACCUGAUGGUUCUGACUCGGUUCUCGUUGAUGAACGAUUCAUCGAGCAGGGAUUUGACGGUGCCUCUCUUGAGAUGAGAGAAACCCAAGGUCGCCGAACUUCACCGUCAUCGCGCCGCCGAUCUGUCUUUUCGCCUGAUGACGAUAUUUUUGGUACCUGGGACAACACAUACGAAGGGGUUGACUUAGAAAGGCCGAGGACGCCGGAGAACCCUAUUUCUGAGCCUCGCUCCACAAGUGUUGCGAGGUCAGUCAUGGAGUCAAUGCGCAAGCAUCGUACGACUUUUGAUGUCGAUGCCGACGAUGAUGACGACGACGACGCCGUAGAUAAUACCAACAAGUAUACUAACGGCAAAAUGAAUUUCGAUACGAACAGCCUUAAAGAACUGGUCAAACGGGCGGGGGACCUGCGGGACAGUCUGUCGGAACUCGUUCGCCGAGCAGAUCACAUCACGCAAAGUCCAGCAAGAACGCCCAAAUACACGAGGGCAGAUGGGAGUCCUGCAUUCACCCGCGUCUUUGAUGAACCAACAUCCAGUCCCACGCGGCGUGGCUCUCAUAGUCCCACUAAGUCAGCACUCGGCAGCAACUCUGUCAGUACGUCGCCCUCUAAUGGGAUUGGCCGCCGAAUGCAUGUGAUGAUAGUUCGUUGAGCUGGUCGAGGUGUGACCCUAGAUCGGGUUUCGCCUCCGGCCACCCAUUCCCCGUCCCUCCCCUCCCUCGCAGUGUACGAACUC